AAAAUAAAACAAAAACGAAUAAGAGCAAUAGCUCCUCCACCACCACAUCCAGCCCAUACGUAUACAAAAAAAUAAUACUUUAACAAACAGCCCCAGAGUAUUGUUUUAGUUACGUUUUUUUUAACGAAAUCGUUUGCAUGUUAUCAGUAUCUUAAAACAAUAAAAAUGAUAUAAUACGCCAAAAGAACUUUUAGUUUUAAAAAAGUAUUGCUGUGGCCAACAAUUAACGCGAACAAUCUUUAAAAUACGUUAAGAAUAAGAAUUUUAAAAAAUAAUUAUAAAAUAACAACGACAACAAAAAUUAUUAAUUUAAGAUAACUCGGUUCUCGCGUUCACAGAUAUUACUGCAAACUAAAUUAGAAAAGAAACGUUUAAAAUAAAACAAAAAAAAAUACAUGUUUGAAAAUUAGUAAAAUUUAAGGGGAAGUUUUUUUGAAAAAAUAAAUCUAAUAAUUUGGCUUUAUCCCCUUGUAGCCAAUAGCAAAAAAAAAUCAAAAAAAUAAUUAAAUAAUUUAUAACAAUAAUUUCUCAAAAUCUCAAUAACACUAUGACAAAUAUAUAUUUUCAAAUUUUUACAAAAGUACUAUUAAUAACCUUGGUACUAAUUGUCACACAAAUAAAUACAACAGCGUUAGCCAGCACAGACGAUGAAGAGUGUCCGUCACUCGAAAAUGCCAAUACAUUGCAGCAAUCUCAAUUAAUACAAAGACUAACGCAUGUCUGCAGAUAUGAUCGUCUAGAAAGACCCAUACAAUAUAGUACAGGUAAUGGAGAACGUCUACCGAUUACCGUAAAGGCUCGAAUUUAUAUCUAUUACAUGCAGAAUCUUAAUUCUGAUUUGUUGCAAUUUAAAAUGCAUGCUUUACUACAGUUACGUUUUAUUGACAAACGUUUAGCCUACACGAAUUAUGCCCCUAAUCGUAAGGAAAAUAUAUUGGGACAAAAACAUUUAAGUGAACGCCUCUGGCUGCCACAUAUAUUCUUUGCCAACGAACGUGAAUCUAGUAUAUUGGGUACAGACGAAAAAGAUGUUCUAACCUCAAUAUCACCCGAAGGUCAAGUAAUUAUUUCGACACGUUUACAGGCGACUCUAUAUUGUUGGAUGAACUUUAAAAAGUUUCCAUUCGAUGAACAAUAUUGUUCCACAGUGCUCGAAAGUUGGAUGUAUAAUACCACAGAAUUGGUGUUAGAAUGGGAAGAAAAGACGCCCAUAUCUUUUGAUCCUGAUAUGCGUUUAACGGAAUAUAAUAUGCAACACUAUUGGUAUAAUGAAACGGUGGUUAACUCAAAUGAGGUGCAUUUCAGACAUGGUGCUUUCAUUGGCAAUUACAGUUCGUUGAGUUUUACCGUAAAUCUUAAUCGUGAAAUAGGUUUUUAUCUUAUGGACUAUUUCUUGCCCUCCAUGAUGAUUGUAGCCAUUUCCUGGGUAUCAUUUUGGUUACAAGCUGAUGCCUCACCACCGCGUAUUAUGUUGGGCACCAGCACUAUGUUGUCGUUUAUUACUUUAUCAUCUUCCCAAAGUAAAACUUUACCUAAGGUUAGCUAUAUUAAAGUAUCUGAAGUUUGGUUUUUGGGCUGUACAUUCUUCAUUUUCGGCAGCUUGGUGGAAUUUGCCUUUGUCAAUACCAUAUGGAGACGUAAAGAAAAUAUUGAACUUAAAAAAGUCAAUAGUAAAUAUAUUUUAAAAUCGACUUUAACCCCACGUCCGGCUCGUCGUGAAUUGGGCCUUAAUAAUCAAUCGAGAACCAGAUCUUGCUCUAGUUUAGAUAAUAUAGUCUCCAGUACGGAGAGUGUUAUGAAUGGCAAUGUUAAUCCAGGUUUCAAUAAUUACUUAACGGUGCAUAAUCUACCAAUAAUAACCACGCAAUGUGUCGAUAACGUCUCAAUAUCGAGUAAUCAAAAUAGUGCCGAUCAUGUUAUAAACAUGGAUAAUAAAGAUGCUAAUAAUAAAAAUGGCGAAAAUACAACAUUCACCUCCAUGACACCACAGGAAAUUGCCAUGUGGAUUGAUAGACGAUCACGUUUUUUGUUUCCUAUCAUGUUUCUUGCCUUCAAUGCUUUAUAUUGGACAUUUGUAUAUUGUUUUUAAAAAAAGUUAUACAUUUUUAUAUAUCAUUACGCACUCCCGA